UGAAAAAGCACGAUACUGAGCGAAUUUCCACAUUCACACGCGGUUCAACAACUUCCUGUCCUUUCCUAUUUUUUUUUUCCCUCGGAAGAACAGGGCCCCAAGUGAAACAUGGUCAGAUCGGCGGUCAUGGGCCUCUUGUGAUAUGGUGAUUUACUGUGACUGGCCCUGGCAAGCUCACGGGCCGGCUGCCGAGUCGAUAUCCUUUCAUCCUGGAAAACAAAAAAAGUGACCAAUCACUCAAAUGUCAACAGGAGAAUGGUGGUGAUACCCAAAAAAAAAAAAAAAAAAAGAGAAAAAGAAAAUCGAUUUUGCCCUCUGAAAGCCCAGAGAUACAUUUUUUACAAGGUUUGCUUCCGCAAUGCCUGAGCGCUGCCUUGCCGGGGCCUUUUAAAUCUCCAAAGACUGGCCAAGGAACAGGGAUGCCAAACUCGUUAAUCGCCGAAUUGAAGGCGGCUGCACAGGCUCAAACUCGGGCUCAAAAUGUUUUUAUUAGCAAGCCACUUCAAGAACGCGUGUGAGAGGGACAAUUCUUAUCCUCAGCUUGCCCUGGCCAAGCUCUAAAACUUCAACGGUUUACUCUUUGUUACGCCUUCACUAUUACCCCGCACUUCGACGAUACGGAAUUUUGAGGAUCCAGCAUGGUUCAUUGCAUACUGAUGCCAAUCGAUGACAGAGACUGGGAUGAAGUGAUAGAGGUACAGUUCCGUGCCUUCUCAAAGGAGAGGUUUUGCGAGUUGGUCCGUGGAGGAAAUACCAUUGAGAACCGUGCUAAAUGCAAAGAGCAAUAUGCGGAUCAACGAACCAAGCAAAGGGAAGUUAUCUGGCUCAAAGCCAUUUCCGCCAGCGAUCCUCGAAAGAAAAUACUGGGCGUAGCCAAAUAUACGAUCUGCGCAACGUACAUCCCUCGUGCGCCUGUGGACAUUGAUCCGAGCUCCUUCGUUUGGUUGGAGGACCCAGAGGAUAGGGACAUUGCCGCUUUGAUCCUUCAGGAUGUGGUUGAUCGCUUGGCCAGGCAUAUUAAGGGUCCGCAUAUCCUACUUGAGUCCCUUUUUGUCGACCCGGAGUAUCGCGGACAAGGCAUUGCCACCCGGCUCGUGAAAUGGGGCGUUGGACUUGCGGACCACAUGAUGCUCCCAGUAUGGCUUGAGGCCUCUACCACAGCUCAUAGCCUCUAUGUCCGGCAAGGGUUUCAUGAGAAAAUUCGGUGCAGGCUAACAAUGGGGAAGUGGGAUAUUGAAUAUUCAAUAAUGAAGAAAAGCCCGAAAACAACACAUUUUGAGCUUGAUGAGGCCCACACAGGAAUCAAGCAAAAUGGCUGUUAAAUUGGACGGUCCAUUCUACGUCGGAAUCAAGCGCCUAUUGUAUAUACAUAAGGAGAAAAGGCGCUCUAGAGUGCUUGUGUGGGAUAACGUUAGAGUUUCGAAUUUGGCUGCGCGUCUUCAACAUC